AUGUCUUCCACAUGGUCCGAUCAAGCAGCAUCCUACAGCACAGCAGGAGCCAAGAGCGAGCUGUCAAGAGACUACGAUGGCGCGUUCACCAACUAUGUACGAGCAGCGGAAAUCUACAUGAGAUUGGCACGGUCGGGUGAGAGUGCAGAUGUUCGUGAGAGGGCUAGAAAUGCUGCUGGAAGAGUGAUGCAGAGGGCAGAAAAGGUGAGACCUUUGAGAAGGGACAAGGGAUUGUUGGAUCCAGGUGAGCUCUGCGCGUCCACUGCAGCACAGCAAAGUCGCACGUUGUCAGCUUCUGCUCUCAUCGCUGGGCUCAGGUACGAGCAGUGGGAUCGACCGGGCGGACCUUCGAACCUCAAGCCGCUGCCGCUUUCGCCCUUCUCGCCCGCUCAACAGGCGCUAGGUGCGCAGUACAGAAGUUCGAAUGGCACCAUCAAGGGCAAAGAACCAUUGCGAGGCGAGGAUAUACGUCAGGAUGUUGUGACCGACUGUAGCGUAGUGGCAGCGUUGGAGGCAGCUGCGGAGCACGACAUGGUUUGGGGCACGAAACUGGCUUCUUCAGCCCUCUUCCCUCAAGACGCCAAUGGACGGCCCUGCGAGUCGCCAACAGGCGAGCACAAAGUGCGACUUCACCUGAACGGUACCACACGAUGUGUACCCAUCAAUGACGAGCUGCCCUGCUACGCAGACGGAACGCCCAUGUGCGCUCGAGGGCAACAAAGCGCAGACGAGGCAUCGCCAUCAGCCUCAAGCUUCGUUUUGUGGCCCAGCUUGAUUGAAAAGGCUUAUCUGAGAGUGAUGGGCGGCUAUGACUUCCGAGGAUCCAACAGCGCGGCGGAUCUGUACGCCCUGACUGGCUGGAUACCGGAGCAGGUGGGACUCGGAAGCCACGCUGGUUUUCAAAGAGAAAAAACGUGGGAAAGGCUGUCGGGUGCCUGGAAGAAGGGAGAUGUGAUCAUCACCGCGGGUACUGGUGCGGGUGCAAAUGCAGUCUCUAGCACAGACGCAAACGAGUCUCUGGAUCUGUUGGUCGACUCGCACGAUUAUGCGGUGCUUCAGCUUAGCGAAAAGGACGGCAGCAGGUCUGUGCUCUGUCUCAAUCCGUGGAGCAGUCAGCGAGGACGCGAUCAGGAGGGUCGAUUGCAUCUGGACAGCGUGCAGUCGCCCGCGACUUCCAACGACGCUUUGCGCUCAAAGCCAUUCUGGAUGAGCUGGGAUGAGGUGUGCGAACGUUUUGACGCUCUGUACGUCAAUUGGAACCCAUCCUUGAUGAAGCACAGCGUCGAAGCCCACUUCACGCUUCGCAAGCAAGGCACCGCAGCUCCAGAUUUGGGGGAGAGCAUGCGUCAGAAUCCGCAGCUGAAGCUCGACAUUUCGAAAUCGGAUGGAGCUUGCGAAGGCGAAGAAGUGUGGCUGCAUCUAGCACGACAUUUUGGGCCAACGAAGGAGAAUUUGACGGGGUCGGGGGAUUAUGUCGCCCUGCACGUCUUUGAGAAUGCGGGCAAUAAGCGCAUGUACAGGCAGCGAGUGGACGGCAAAAUGGGCACCUACAUCGAUGGGAUGCACAAUCUCGUCCGAUUCACAGUGCCAGCCUCGACGAGCGGCUCCUACACUUUGGUGGUCUCUAGACAUGGCGGUGCAGAUGAUGCCUCCUUCACCCUUCGUGCUCACGGCACGCACGAAAUGACACUCAGCGAGCUGCCUAGAGCUCAUCCUCACGAGAUCAGUCUACCUGGCGCAUGGAAAGCACGCUCAGCGGGAGGAAACAGCACUUUUGCCACAUUCGUACACAAUCCCCAAUUUCGGCUGAUCGUCCCUUCCACCUCGUCCAACGCCGAUAUACUGCUCACGUUGGAAGCGAGCAAGGACCUGCCUGUUCAAGCCCUUGUGCUCUGGUCUAGCGGUCGACGUAUUUCGCACUGCAUCAGCUCAGACGUGGCGGCAUCCAGCGGCGACUUUUCCUACGGUCUCGCCGUCCUGCAAGCCUCUGUGCAAGCUGGAAACUACACGCUUGUGCUGCAGACUUUUGAGCCGGGUCAAGAAGGCAGCUUCAUGUUGAAUGUGCAGAGCUCCGUUCCAGACUUGGUGCUGGAACAGAUUCCUCCCGAAGGAGCAGGCAUGUACACGCGUUGCUGCAGAGGAUCUUGGAACGUGUCAUCGUCUCCGCCCAAGUUUAAGCUGGAGGUGAAGCAGCCAAGCUGCAAAUUUGUUGUGCGGCUUCAAAGUCGAGAAGUUUCUAGCUCAGGUCGACCAGCCGUACAGCUCAGCAUUAUGGACGCUGCUACUGGUCGUCAAGUUGAGACCAGUGGACCCUUUGUCGACCACGUAUGCGGCGUCCUGAUCGACGAUCUCAGACUUUCUCAGGGCGAGUACUUCUUGCUGCCCAGGCAUCACGGCGGAGGCAUCCAAACAGGCUUCUUCAUCGACGUUCACUCGGAUGCUCCCAUCGUUUGCACGCCUGCCUAAGUGAAGCCGCAGCUUUUGCUGGGCGUCACCUCUACACCUUUGCAGUCAAAUCGAGCAUGCAUGCAUUGCUACAAG